UGUGUAAGCCCCAUAAUAUGGAUUGCCACAACACAAAUGCUACUACAGCAACAGAAGAAAUCCAAAAAUCAAUGCUGCAAGUCGUUGGAAUCUGUACAAGACUCAAUUAUAAGCAGUACGACGUGCAAUAUGCAGUAUGCCAAAUAAUGGAAGUCGUCUCACAGGUAGAAAAAUCCCUCAAAACAAUAAACGAGCAACAUCAUGACAAGACGAGAAUCAUACUGGAAAAAAACAAAGAACUUGCCAAACAAAAUCACGCCCUCAAGAACGAGAUGAACCAGCUCAAGGAAGAAAUAGUCAAAACAAAAGAAGAACUGGAUAAUUCACAAGCCAGCUUCAAUGCGAUCUUCAACGAAGAAAACCUCGACGAUGACAACGAUCAGCCCUCAAAGACCGACAACAAGGAAAGCCAGGAACUAUUUUGAGUUUCCAUACAAACCUCCUGUUCUUCCCCCACAUUCGUUUUCUCAACCAUAUUAUGCCUAUUCAUCUGUUAAUGUUAUAUCUGUGUUAGAUUUGUAGAUGUUCUUAAGAUAUCACAGUUGUAUAUUUAACAGUUAUUCCCCGAAGGCGAGGUGAAUAACUGUUUUAGUAUCAUUGCCCGACUUUUGCCACUUUUGGGUACAGCAAACAAGUGUCGGCAACCAUUUUGUGGUAACUCAAAUUGUUGCAUUUCCACAAAUUUUGCCCCCAACAAACAACAUAUACCGUUAGCAAAACGCUAAACAAACCUUAUUCAACA